AUGCUCCUCAGACUCGUUGUCGCCCUCGGCGUCGCGGCUGCUGGCGUCAGCGCCGUUCCCAAGGCAAACCCCCUCGAGCCGUUCGUGGAUGAGGCUUUGCACAUGCGCAGCCUCAGCAAGCGCGAGCCCAUCAGGGCCAACGGCUGCCCCGUGCGCAUGCAGUUGUGCCCAGACGGCGUCACCUGCAUGUGGGAGGGCGGCUCUUGUUGCUCGGUCACCCCUGAAGAGUACAUCAACACUCCCUGGGGUACCAAGAAGUUCGGCACUUGCAAGCCUGGCCAGAAGUGCCAGAUGGGAGACAACGGCAGAAUGGGAUGCUGUGGUGGAAGCAGCAGCUGCAUCGGUGGCGGUUACUGGGGUCCUCCCAUCUACUACCCCGGAGAGACUCUCCCGGCUCCUGCUCCGACGGCGACGUGCAAGCCCAAGCGUGACUUCCCCGAGUCUACCGGAGUGCUCGGCAACCGCAACCUGGCCUCGCACGGCCGCGCCGAACGCGCUGGUGAGAAGCGGGCCGCCAACGGAUGUCUGUCUGGCCAGACGCUUUGCCCCGACCAGAAGACCUGCGUCGGCCUGGGCGAGAAGUGUUGCGAAGUCAAGGACGGAACUGUCUCUGACAGCCGCACCUACGUUACCUGCCCUUGGACCUUGAGCUGCUCGGAUACCUACUUCUGCUGCGACUGGUUCACCGUUUGCAAGAGCCCCUGGACCGGCAAGGUCAUCUCCACCCCCGACACCUCGAACCUGCCUACCUGCGAGGACCCCAAGCCUUCUCCUGCUCCUGCAUCCCCCACACCGGCUCCUCCCCCUCCCUCGUCGGCCGCUCCUCCUCCUCCUUCGUCGGCCGCUCCUCCCCCUCCCCCUUCGUCCUCGGCUGCUCCUCCCCCUCCUCCUCCUUCCUCCUCGGCCGCUCCUCCCCCUCCUCCUCCUUCCUCCUCGGCCGCUCCUUCGCCUGCCGCUCCCUCCCCCUCGGCUCCCGCUGGUGGCUCGGGUGGCAAGGGCGGCGACGGUGGCAAGGGCGGUGACGGCGGCUCGGGUGGCAACGGCGGUGCUGGCGGCAACGGCGGCGCUGGCGGCUCGGGUGGCAACGGUGGAGCUGGCGGCAACGGUGGCGCUGGUGGUAACGGCGGUGCUGGCGGUAACGGUGGAGCCGGCGACAACGCAACUGGCGGCGGCAACGCCGGCAACGGUGGCAACGGCGGCGCUGGCGGCAACGCUGCUGGCAACGGCAACGGUGGCGACGGCGGCAACGGCGGUGCUGGCGGCAAUGCCACUGCUCCUGGCACCGCUGGCACUGGCGGCAACGGCGGCGCUGGCGGCAACGGUGCCGGCUCUGGCAACGGUGGUAACGGCGGCGCCGGCGGACCCGGUGGCAGCCAGCUGUCCGCCACGCCUCCCAAGAAGUGCUCCGGCAAGAACAAGCGCAACAAGGUGGCCCGCGGUGACGAGGAGCCCCAGCGUCUCGGUGCCAUGGGCUUCAAGCGUGACGAGGAGCCUCAGCGCCUCGGUGCCAUGGGCUUCAAGCGCGACGAGGAGCCUCAGCGCCUCGGUGCCAUGGGCUUCUAG